AUGGCCCCUCCACAAUACAUUAUCAACGCUCAUGUUUUUGGCGAGACAUAUGACAACGAAGAAGUUGGUUUUCUGUUUAGAAACACCGAGGUUAAACGAUUUUGUUUAAGCAGAAAAGCAAAUUUCAGUUACUUCAAAGGGAGAUUAGAGACGAAGCUUACAAUGGUUGGUGUAUCCCAGAUUUUUUACCAAUAUCGAUUUCUUCGUGGGGACAACCCGGUCAAGUUUAUCCAAGUUGAGAUCAAAGAUGAUGAAGACAUGCAGAAUAUGUUCGCCAAUCAUGAGUAUUCUGGUUACGACUGCAUAGAACUGUAUGUUACUCUACCAGAAGUUCAACCCAUACAAAUGGUUGAGUCACAAGUCAUUGAUGCACUUGAAGACGAGCAAGCAGAGGUCGACGUUGUAGAUGAAGAAGAAGAAGCACCGGAAAUAGAAGUUGAUAACUUGGUCAACGAGGAAAGUGAAGAUGAACCGGAAGUUGUUGUACCACGAGAUCAAGUGCAUAUGCCUCCAGCGCACAUGAGGAACUUGAAUUUUGAUGGGGAUGACGAACCAUCGACUGAUAUUUUCUAUGCUCCAUACACUCAAACAGAUCAACGGUUAAAAGUAGGAGACAAAUUUCGUUCUAAGGAGGCAUGUAUCAUGGCCAUAAAAAGAUUUCAUAUGGCUAACAAUGUUGAUUUUAGAAUUGAUCGCGCCAAUGUCGAGAGGUACAAAAUUUAUUGUAGAAACACUGAUUGUGGAUUCAGGUUGCAUGCAUCAUACAGGAAGAGAAGUGAUUCAUGGGUUAUAGGAUAUAUUUCCCAAGAUCACACAUGUGUUAACACAAAUGUUUCACAAGAUCACCAUAAGCUAAGUUAUGACAUUAUUUGUCAAGAAAUCUUGCCUCUAGUUGAAAAAGAUCCAUCGUUAAAGGUGAAAACGAUAAUCUCUCAUAUCGUUGCAACAUACAAUUACACUCUGUCUUAUAGAAAGGCGUGGCUGGCGAAGACCAAAGCGAUCGAAAUUGUGUAUGGAAAUUGGGAGGAUUCGUACAAACGACUCCCACAUUUCUUAUAUGUGCUUCAAAUUUAUGCUCCUGGAACCGUUACUAUUUUAGAGACCCUUCCGGCGCAAUCUCCAGACGGAACGUCCCUUCAAGGAAAUGUGAUAUUCCACAGGCUUUUCUGGGCUUUCCGCCCAUGUGUGCAAGGAUUUUAA